UGUGACGCAGGAGCUUCCUGAAAGUCAACACAGCAACAACAUGGUUCCCAAACUUCAACUUCCCCACGGUGCAGCGAUCACCGGGCUGCUCCUGCUCUCCCUGGUGCCCCCGGCGGAGGCUUACGACGCAGGGGACGCUUUAGCCCUGCUCUUGUGCUCCAUCCUCGCCGGGGUGGGCUUCUGCGCCUUCCUCGGCUGGUACGCACGGAGGCGGAACGCGCAGCUGUGAGCGAGAGACUCUUCGUGAUCGUGCGCUUGUCCUGUCCUGUUAUCAUCCUCCGCAAUACUGCAUAGCUCUUUCUAAUCCACUGUGCACCUUCUGGCACUGAGAUUUGUGUCGGAUCGGCUGAUAAAAAACGUGCUUUAUUGGGAUUAAUGCGUCAGAGGGGAACACGUGUUGCAGAAGCUGGAUCCAGGAAGUCCAAAGAAAAACGGCUACUGUUGCUCUGCUGAGAUUAAAGACCAAACACUGUUGCCUUCUUUAUGGACAUACUUGCUACUGUAUGUUAUCCUAUGAUGAUUAUGCUUGCAUUGCUUAUUGUUUCCAUGCUUGGAUGGACCACUGUGAUUUCCUGAUGGGUCCGCAAUGUGCAACACAACAUUGCUAUUGUUUUAAAGCACAAUAUCACAAGUGUGGUUAAAGAGAGGAGCUGUUUCUGCUGUUACAGUAUGCAACAAUAGCUGCGUGAGAAUAAUAAAUUGAUUCUCUCCACAA